AUGGGAACAAUUGUGUCUUAUCCUGAAGUGUGUGCAAAUGCUGGAUGCAUUCGCGGAAAGUACGAAAGUGGAAGGAUAAAGCCUUACGAGGCCUUCUAUGGAAUUCCUUUCGCUGAGCCUCCAGUGGGAAAAUUGAGAUUAGAGAAUCCUGUGCCGUACAGUGGAUGGCAAGGAUAUUGGGAUGCCACGUAUCCUCGAGAAGACUGUUUGCAGAAAAACUACUUCUUACCAAAUGCGCCCAUUAAAGGCUCUGAAGAUUGUCUCUAUCUCAACGUUUAUCGGCCGAGUACUUGGAGUAGAAAGAAGAAACUCCCUGUUUUGGUGUACAUUCAUGGAGGUGCUUACCUUGGAUUUUCUGGAAAUCCUGAUCAGUUUGGACCUGAAUACUUGAUGGACAAUGGUGAAGUGUUUCUUGUGACUAUAACAUAUAGACUGGGAGUCUUCGGAUUCCUCAGUUCAGGAGGAGAUGGAGUGGUGAAAGGAAACUUUGGUUUGAAGGAUCAGCAACUUGCUCUUGAAUGGAUUUUCAACAAUAUCGAAUCCUUUGGUGGAGAUUCGGGUGCUAUAACUCUAUCUGGUCAAAGUGUUGGAGCUGUAUCAUGUAAUUUGCAUAUGCUGAAUUCAAAGUCGUCGGCUUAUUUCCAUCGUGUUAUUUUAUUGAGUGACACUGCUCUAACUCCACACAUUCGCUAUACUCAAGAUUUCGCCACUCAGUAUAGAAUGGUGGCAAAAAUUGCUGGAAUAGUUGAUUGGGAAACGGCGUCUACGAGUGAUUUAGCGUAUCAAUUGAAGAGAGUGGAUGGUCUAAGUCUUGUCUCAAUCGAUGAAUUAUUCGUGUUUCUCUUCACACCCACUGUGCCACUUGGUCCUUGCAUAGAAGGAGACUGGGACGGUGCCUUCUUAACGGAGAGUCCCUAUGUUUUGUGGGCCGAGGGAAGGUUUAGCCAGAAACCUAUUUUCGCCGGUCACGUGAAGGAUGAGGGCGCAAUAAGGAAUCAGUCGAUGAAUCUAACUACGCAGAAUUUGCAUCGGUAG